AUGUAUCCUUUAUCUGAUGCAAAAUUAGAAAAGAUAUCAAACAAUGAAAUAAUAAGAAGGAUAUUGGAAUUACAAAAUACUAUUGCCAUUAUUUCAGAUAACAUGGAAGUAUUGAAAUAUAGAAAUAAACUUUUAGAUGAAGAAAAUGUAAAUUUACAAAAUCAUAUUAAAAACAUUGUUAAUGAAGUUAAAACUGAAUAUUCUCAAAAUGCCAAUAAGAAAAAACAAACACCAUCAAAAUAUCCAUCUAACCAUUUUACGGAAAACAAAUAUAUUAACCCACCUGAACAUACUACUAGUCUUCAUAAUAAUGACAUUAAUUAUUUGAAUAAUAUUCAAUCUCAAAAUAAAGAUGAGACCAAAUUAAUUCAAAAGAACAAUAUGGAUAGCCAAAAUAAUACAAUUGAUAAAAACCUCUCUGAACGUAUAUUUAAUAAAUUACCACCUCAAGAAUAUACUAAUGAUAAUGAAAAGCCAAAUUGUGAAAAUCAUCUUGAAAAUAGGAAUAUAAAAAAUAAUCCAUCUGAGCCCGGAAUAGGUAUAAAGGAUGCAAAUUAUAUUUACAAUGAAAACGAUCACAAUAACGAUAAAAGAGAUUGUGAAAAUUUUCAGGAUUUUAAUAAUCAUUCAUCAAAAAAAAAUAUUUACAAUCUUAUAAUGGAAACAGAAAAAAUAAACUCUAUUUUUAGCAUGGCGUCGAAUGUUCUUAAUACGUCUUUUUUUAAUGUCCCCAAGGAUCCUGAUAUACCUAAAGCUAAAUAUCCAAAUAUUGUGAAUAAAAAUCAUAUUAAAAAUUGCAAUACAUCCUCUCCAAACACCCAUAAACUUGCCGAUGAUUUAGUAAACAAAACAGCAUCUAUAGAUAAUAAAACAUAUGAUCAUUUAUCUGAACAAAAGAAUAAUAUUGAGUCUUAUGAUCAAACAGAUAAAGAAGUUAUUGAUCAGAUGGGAAAAUCUAAUUUAAAUGUGAAUCUGCCAUCAUGUGUGGAAAAUUUAAGUGCAAAUGAGGGGGAAAGGAAUAGUAAAAAUGCCACAAAUGAGGAGGAAAACGAUAAUAAAAAUGAUGCAAAUGAUAUUACCCCAAAUAAUAAACAAAAUAUUUAA